AGCAGCUGUGGCGCUACGGGCACCUCUGCCUCCGCUCUCUGCUCUACAACUCCUUCACCAACGGUGACGUGGUGCUCGACUCGCUCUUCGAACCUGUCUACUGGCUGGUGGACCACGUCACCCGGUGGUUCGGUGUGGUGUUUGUGGCACUGGUGAUCGGGCUCACGAGCUCUAUCGUGGCCAUUGUGUACAUCUGCCUGCUGCCCCUCAUCCUGCAGACGUACACGCCUGCCUGGAUCUGCUGGCACCUUGCCUACGGACACUGGAACCUCAUUAUGAUUGUCUUCCACUACUACAUGGCCAUCACCACCUCGCCCGGUCACCCACCGCAGGCCAAGGACAAUCUCACUGGCAUCUCCAUCUGCAGGAAAUGCAUUGCCCCCAAGCCAGCUCGCACCCACCACUGCAGCAUCUGCAACAGGUGCGUGCUGAAGAUGGACCACCACUGCCCCUGGCUGAACAACUGUGUGGGACACUACAACCACCGCUACUUCUUCUCUUUCUGCCUGUUCAUGACCAUGGGCUGCAUUUACUGCAGCAUCAGUGGCUGGGAGAUGUUCCGAGAUGCCUAUGCGGCCAUCGAGAAAAUGAAACAGCUUGAGAAGGAGAGACUGCAGGUGGCUGCCAACCAGACGUACUACCACCCCCCUCCGCCCACCUUCUCCUUCCGUGAGAGAGCUUUCCACAAGAGCGUGGUCUACCUCUGGGUCCUGUGCAGCUCAGUCGCAUUGCCCUUGGGUGCCCUCACGCUGUGGCACGCUGCCCUCAUCACCCGUGGUGAAACCAGCAUCGAGCGGCACAUCAACAAGAAGGAGAGGCAGAGACUGCAGAAGAAAGGCAAGGUCUUCAGGAACCCCUACAGUUACGGCAGCUGCGAUAACUGGAAAGUGUUCCUGGGCGUGGAAACGCCAAGACACUGGCUCACCCGUGUCCUGCUGCCCUCUUCUCACCUGCCCCACGGGACAGGGCUGAGCUGGGACCUGCCUCCCUGCGUGACGGAGCAGCGUGCCCCACUCCUGGCCAUCUGA